AUGAUUAAACCACAGGGCAGGAAGAAACCUCUAACGCUGUGGGGAGCAGUUGCUAUCAUAUUCUACUCUGUUUCUGGAGGUCCAUUUGGUACGGAGGACGCCGUGGCGGCUGGUGGGCCGUUUUGGGCUCUACUGGGAUUCCUCAUUUUUCCAUUCGUAUGGUGCUUGCCAGAGGCGUUAGUCACUGCUGAGAUGAGCAGCACUUUCCCAAGCAACUGCGGGUACGUGUCUUGGGUAACAGCAGCGUUUGGGCCCUACUGGGGUUUCCAGGAAGGGUUCUGGUCCUGGCUGUCGGGGGCCACGGACAAUGCUAUCUACCCACACUUGCUCAUGACGUAUCUAGCUGUGGCCUUCCCAAUCCUCAACGAGAGAGUGUACAACAUUGUCCUUGUGAUUCUGACGCUCUCGCUGAGUUAUGUCAACUAUAGAGGGCUCAAGGUUGUGGGGUGGCUUGCUGUUGCUAUGAUGUGCUUCGUGCUGUCGCCAUUCAUCGUGUUCAUAGUCAUGGGGGUACCACAGGUGGAGCCAUCGAAUUGGUUGUUGGGCCGAAACGACAUGGAGUGGACGAAGUGGUUGAAUGUUCUCUUCUGGAACCUGAACUAUUGGGACUCGGUGUCAACCUUGGCUGGCGAGGUGGAGAACGCCCGGUCGGCGAUGCCUAAGGCGUUGCUGCUAGCACUGUGUGUCACCUGUCUGGCAUAUAUUCUCCCUCUGGCUAUCGCUACAGGGGUCGAUGGGUCAUUUGCCCUCAAGGGAGAUCAGGCGUUCGAUGCGUGGCAAGCGGGCUUUCUUGGGAAGGUGGCGUAUGAUGUUGGGGGAUGGGCCCUGGGCGGCUGGGUAGUCCUUGCAGCUGCUGUAUCGAAUAUAGGGCAGUACCAUGCAGAGAUGUCAUCGGACUCCUACCAGAUACAGGCUAUGGCAGAGCACGGUUGGCUUCCUGAGAAGCUGGCUUACCGUAACCACUACGAGACCCCUACCUUUGCGAUUUGCCUUCAGCUGGUUGUCAUCCUCAGCCUUACGACUUUGGAUUUCCUAGAUAUCGUGGAGCUCCUCAAUUGCAUAUACUGCCUUGCGGAGCUGCUAGAGUUCGCGGCCUUCCUGUAUUUGCGUUACACUAACCCGGAUAUAUGGCGACCAUAUACGAUCCCUUUGGGCUUCUGGGGCUGUGUUAUUCUGCUCUUGCCGCCCUCUGUAUUCAUAUGCUUCAUUUUGGGCGCACCUGUGGUGAAUGCUGACUGGGGGCUGGUUGGCUUCACGUUGGGAGCAGUGGUCAUUGGAAACGUCCUGUAA